AAAAAAAUGAGCCUACGAAAAAUCAAUUUCGUAACUGGAAACGUGAAGAAGCUUGAAGAAGUCAAGGCUAUUUUGAAGAAUUUCGAGGUUUCAAACGUGGAUGUCGAUUUGGAUGAAUUCCAAGGAGAACCCGAAUUUAUUGCCGAAAGAAAGUGCCGUGAGGCUGUUGAAGCUGUAAAAGGGCCCGUUUUGGUCGAAGACACAAGUUUAUGCUUCAACGCAAUGGGCGGUCUUCCUGGACCUUAUAUCAAGUGGUUUUUGAAGAAUUUGAAACCAGAAGGACUACAUAAUAUGCUAGCCGGAUUUUCUGACAAAACCGCCUAUGCUCAAUGCAUCUUUGCGUACACUGAAGGACUCGGAAAACCUAUUCAUGUAUUUGCUGGAAAAUGUCCUGGUCAAAUUGUUGCUCCACGUGGUGAUACUGCUUUUGGAUGGGAUCCAUGCUUCCAGCCAGAUGGUUUUAAAGAAACAUUCGGAGAAAUGGAUAAAGAUGUAAAAAAUGAAAUUUCUCAUCGUGCAAAGGCUCUGGAACUCCUCAAGGAAUAUUUUCAGAAUAAUUAAAUUAUUUUUUCUCAUCUAUGCAAUUUCUUGAAAAUUUGUUAAGUUUCCGUUGUUAUGCAUUUGCUUUUAUUUAAAAAAAAAAGAAUAUUUUUAC